AUGUCCCAGGAGCGGCCUGAACCGCCUUCGGGAGCGGACUCUCCAGAAGAGCUCGUUGCCCACGUUACCAACAACCCGUCCGACUGGCUGUUAUACUUGCGCCAUAUCAAUGGCUACGCUGCCGCCUUGAAGGAAGAGAACGAUUUCUCCCGCCUCGCCGACUCUGACCACGAUAACUCCCUCCAGUCCCUCCGAUCGACCAUCGCCAAGCAAGAGGGAAUUAUCGAAUACCAAAAGCAACAGCACCGAGAAGAUACUGCCCUGCUCCAGAAGGAGAUUACCCAUCUGGAGGUUGAGAAACUCCGCCUGCUCGACGCCGCCACGCCCGCUGUCCACACUCCCCGACCCGUCCCUGCCGCUAUCCCAAGUCCCCUGGCUGAACAGCCUGCGGAUUCUGUACCAAUACCGACUACGCUUGUUCCGCCCGUCUGUUCCGGAUCUUCCCAUCUCAGUGAGAAGAUCCCUGACCCAAAAGAAUUCGAUGGCUCUCGAAGCGACCUUCGCCGGUUCACGCAACAGACCUAUGGCAAGAUGACCGCCAACGCUGACCGAUUCCCGACCGCUGCUGCCCGCCUGACCUAUGUUGCUGGACGUCUGACCGGGAAAGCCUACGAAUUGAUCCUGCCGAAGACCCGCUACGGAGUUCCCGAGUUCCUCGAUUACCCGGAAAUGCUUGCCUACCUGGAGAACGCCUUUGGAGACCCCGACCGUAUUCAGAAUGCCCAGAAUAAACUAUACCAGCUGAAGCAGAGGAACCUGGAUUUUAGCACCUUCUUUUCCGAAUUUCAACGCCUGGCCCUGGAAGGAGAGAUGCCCGAGGACGCCCUGACCCCAUUGUUGUUCCAAGGCAUAUCUCGCGAACUUCAGGAUAUGCUCCUACACAGCCCGACCCCGUCCCGGAAAUACAGAGACUACGCCAACCAUCUGCAAGCUCUGGAUAACCGCUUCCGCCAACACCAACAGCAAGUCUCCCGGAACCGUAUCGUCACUCCUGCCAGAACCCCUGCCAGUUAUGCCGCCGCCGUUGUCCCCCGCCAGCCCGCUGCCGCGAGCCCGAACCCGAGCCCGGACCAGCCCAAGAGAGAAUGGAGAGCGCCCCGACCUGCUUCGCCCGUCGCCAACGGAGGAGAGCCUAUGGACUUGAGCUCCCAGAAAAGAUUCGCCCCCGGUGGAAGGAAAGAGCGCGGAGAAUGCUUCCGCUGCGGUUCAGAGGGUCAUCGCGUCGCUGCCUGCCCCGAACCUGAUACUCGCCCCUCGUCCCAACUUCGUCAAUUCCGUGCCAGCUAUGUCCACCGUUUCGAUAGCCCUGAUCCUGUCCGAUCUGCUCCCAAGAAAGAGCGCCGCCCGAGAACCGCUGCCACCGUCCGACUAUCUGCUGCCGCCGCCAAGGGAGUCUCUGUCCAAGAAGAAACGGAUCAGAGGUCCCAUUUGAUGAUUCUACCUGUUACCCUGGAAUUAGGAAGCAAGGCGCUCCCGACUUACGCCAUGACCGAUACCGGAGCCGAAGGAAAAGGCUUCAUAGACCAGAGCUGGGCCGCGAGCCACGAGCUACCCCUGAGGAAACUAAAGAGACCAUUCGGAUUAGAAGUGUUCGAUGGAAGAAACGCCGAGAGUGGAAUGAUCACCCACUAUAUCGAGACCCGACUGAGAACUGAAGACCAUUGCGAAGAGAUCAAGCUCUUCGUGACCCAACUGGCCCAUUACCCCGUUAUUCUGGGAAUGCCCUGGCUAAAGAAGCACGACCCGAAGAUCGGAUUCGCCUGCCAUACCUUUACUUUUGACAGUGAAUACUGCCGGAAACACUGCAAUACUCCCGCCCGCCCGACGAAGAUCCGAGCAUUGCAUGACGUCCCUGCCAAGGCCCGACCGCACAACUUGCCUCCCCGACCGGCUGAGCUGCAGCAUCUAGAUAUUGCCCGAGUAUCGUUAAGAGCCUGUACGAUGUACAGCCGAAAGAACUGCCAGCUUUUUACUGUUACGAUCAAUGAUAUCGACCGGUACCUGCAGAAUGCCAGCCCGCCGGAGCCCCGAGACCUGCUGCCCGAGGAACUAAAAGAUUAUGCCGACAUCUUUUCACCCAAGGAAGCCGAAAGACUCCCCCCGCACCGGGAUUAUGAUCACGAUAUCCGCCUGUAG